UUUCUGCUCUCUCUCUCUCUCCUUCUCUCUUCCCUCUUUUUUAACCUUCUCUUCCCUCAUUUUUUCCUCAAAUUUCCCGAUCGCAUUCUCUGCCCUAAUUUCCCUUUAUCUCCCUUCCGAUCUCAUCAUAUAAUCUGUAGAAUCUUCCAGGAACUUCCACUCCCAUCGUUCCAGAUCCGUUUCGGAAACCGGAGAGGGUUUUUGAUCUUGAUCUGACUUCUUUUGAUUUUUUCGGGAAGGUUUGAGAUUUUGGAUCUUUAAUGUCGGGCGGCAGCGGCGGCGUGGGCGGGGGCCGAGCCCCGGACCACCACCGCCGCCCGGCGCAGCAGCAGCCGAUCCUGCAGCCGUUCAAACGCCAUCUUCCGUUCUCAUCUGCUAGGCCGCCAUUCGUCUCACCUGAUGAUUAUCACCAGUUCUCCUCUGGUGGGGACCACCGUGUUGCUGAUGGUGGGAACGAAGUGCUCGUUGUGAAAUCUCCUUUGAAGCGGAAGUCUGAAACAGAAGACUAUGAAAUUGCUUCUAAUGAGUGGACAGCCAGUCCUGGAUAUGCUGAAGUGGUUAAUAGCCCCGUCCGUACGCCUGUGUCUGGAAAAGGGGGUAGGAUUUAUAGCAAGUCAAAGGUUUCUAAGUACUCUAAAUCUGGACCGCAAACUCCUAUUGCAAAUGCUGGUUCCCCUUCUAACAACCCUCUCACUCCAGUCGGUACUUGUCGUUAUGAUAGCUCUCUAGGUCUCUUGACAAAAAAGUUUAUCAAUUUAAUCAAACAUGCAGAAGAUGGAAUACUUGAUUUGAACAAAGCUGCCGACACUUUAGAGGUACAAAAGAGGCGGAUAUAUGACAUAACUAAUGUCUUGGAAGGAAUUGGACUCAUAGAGAAGAAACUUAAGAACAGAAUACGCUGGAAGGGGCUUGAUGUCUCGAGGCCAGGGGAGGUUGAUGAUGAUGUUUCAGUUUUACAGGCAGAAGUUGAAAAUCUUUCCAUGGAGGAGCAGAGAUUAGAUGAUCGAAUAAGAGAAAUGCAAGAAAGAUUGAGGGACCUUAGCGAGGAUGAAAAUAAUCAAAAGUGGCUUUAUGUGACGGAGGAAGACAUCAAGGGCCUACCUUGCUUUCAGAAUGAGACGCUGAUAGCAAUUAAAGCUCCCCAUGGCACUACACUGGAAGUACCAGAUCCUGAUGAGGCUGUUGAAUACCCACAGAGGAGAUAUAGGAUCGUCCUAAGAAGUACCAUGGGUCCGAUCGAUGUUUACCUCGUCAGUCAAUUCGAGGAGAAGUUUGAGGAGAUGAAUGAUGUUGCGGCACCUCAAAGUCUCCCACAGGCAUACACUUUAGGGUCUGCUCAGACGCCAGCAAUGGCGCUGGCUGCUGCCGAGGAGAGCAGAAGGAAACAGAUGGAAUUAAAUGCCCAUGAUGCUCAUCGGAUGUGCUCUGAGCUAGGUGCAUCACAGGACUUUGUUGGUGGGAUCAUGAAGAUUGUACCUUCAGAUGUUGAUACGGAUUCAGACUACUGGCUUCUAUCGGAUGCCGGAGUUAGCAUUACAGACAUGUGGAAGACGGGACCUACAGUUGAUUGGGAUGGUGUGGAUAGACUAAAUGCAGAGUUUGUGAUGAGUGAUGUUGGCACGCCGCGGCCACAAACUCCACCAUCUGGUGUUAUUGAGGCAACAACACCUGGCAGCGACUCUAAUCGAAGGUGAAUGAGAGCUGCUGAUGUACCAAGUCAAGAAACACAGGUCUGUACUUCAUGAUCAGGACCAAUUGCAUCUGUCCCCCCCCCCCUCCAAAAAAAAUGCCCCACCGGUUCAACUGCAGAUUCGGGCUAAAUGGAUAUCAUGUGUGCUUGACUACAUGUUUUCCUAGCAAGGAUAUUAUUAAAGCUGUAAUGGGGGGAAAGGAAGAUAGAAAAUAGGUGGUCCAAUGUACAGUUUGAGUAGUAUAUUUGAUCCUAUGAUUCAGGAAUUAAUAAAAUUAAGAUAUGUUGUAGUAGA